AUGCCUUGCGCCUCCCAGAGGCACCUGGGAACUGUAGUCUCCCGGGGGCCGCCCCCGUCACCAGGACAGCAGCUGCAGCUUUCUCUGCCCGCUGCUGCCGAGAAACCCCGGCCCCGGCCCGGCGCCCGCGCCUCCGCCACCGCCACCACGCAGUCCCGGGAAGAGCCUCCACGCCCCCGCCGCCUGCCCAACCCCCGGGGGGGAAGGCGGCCCAGGAAGAUGGCCGGACCUUCGGUCUCGUCCUUCUUCUCCGGACCCGAGGAGCUGGAGGACACGGCCCACGCCCCGGCCCUGCUGGCCCAGCUCAAGUCUUUCUAUGAUGCCCGGCUGCUGUGCGAUGUAACUAUCGAGGUGGCGGCUCCCGGCGGGGGGCCUGGCGCGGGCCGGCUUUUCGCGUGCAAUCGCAACGUGCUGGCAGCCGCGUGCCCCUACUUCAAGAGCAUGUUCACGGGGGGUCUGUUCGAGAGCCAGCAGCCCCGCGUGACCAUGCACGACGUGGACGCCGAGUCGCUGGCGCUGCUGCUGGACUACUGCUACACGGGCCGCGUGUCGGUGAGCGAGACCAACGUGCAGCGGCUCUACGCCGCCGCCGACAUGCUGCAGCUGGAGUACGUGCGCGAGGCCUGCGCCGCCUUCCUCGCCCGCCGCCUGGACGUGGCCAACUGCGCCUCCAUCCUCAAGUUCGCCGACGCCUUCGACCACCCGCAGCUGCGCGCCAAGGCUCUGGCCUUUGUGGCCCGUAACUUCUCCCAGCUCAGCGGGGCGCCUCGCCCCGGGGGGGAGGAGUCCCUGGCCGAGCUGAGCCUGGCCCAGCUGCAGGAGGUGCUGCGCCUGGACAGCCUGGACGUGGACAGCGAGCGCGUCGUGUGCGCCGUGGCCGUGCAGUGGCUGGAGGCCUCCCCGCUGGAGCGCGGCCCCAGCGCCCCCGACGUGCUCCGCUGCGUGCGCUGGCUCCACUUUGGGGACCGGGACAGGGCCUACCUGGAAGGCCUGCGCGCCAAGCCCUUCAUCAAGCGCUACUGCCCCGGGCUCAUCGAGGCCGCCCUGCGCACUCGCUAUGGGGACGCGAUGCUCAAGACCCCCCAGGCCGCCCUGCCGGCCCCCGGCGGCCCCGCCGGCCCCGCGGCGGAGAGCCCGGCCCGCAGGAUAGGCAUGAUGGCCAAGGAGAUGGUCAUCUUCUUCGGCCACCCCAAGGACCCCUUCCUGUGUUACGACCCGUACUCGGGGGACAUCUACACCAUGCCGUCGCCUCUGACCAGCCUGGCCCACAGCAAGACCAUCACUUCCUCCGCCGUCUGCGUGUCCCCGGACAACGACAUCUACCUGGCCGCCCAGCCCAAGAAGCAGCUCUGGGUCUACAACCCCGCGCAGAACAGCUGGCAGCAGCUGGCCGACCGCCUGAUGUGCAGAGAGGGCAUGGACCUGGCCUACCUCAACGGCUACAUUUACAUCCUGGGAGGCCGCGACCCCGUGACCGGAGUGAAACUGAAGGAGGUGGAGUGCUACAGUAUCCAGAGGAACCAGUGGGUUCUGGUGGCCCCCGUGCCGCACUCCUUCUAUUCCUUUGAAUUAAUCAUGGUCCACGACUAUCUCUAUGCUGUCAAUAACAAACGGAUGCUUUGCUACGACCCCAGCCGCAACCAGUGGCUCAACUGCGCCUCGCUCAAGCGCAGUGAUUUCCAGGAGGCUUGCGUCUUCAACGAGGAGAUCUACUGCAUCUGCGACAUCCCGGUCAUGAAGGUCUACAACCCGGCCCGCGGCGAGUGGCGGCGCAUCAGCAACAUCCCCUUGGACGCGGACACCCACAACUACCAGAUCGUGCGGCACGGGCAGAAGCUGCUGCUCAUCACCUCCACCACCCCGCAGUGGAAGAAGAACAGGGUCACCGUGCACGAAUACGAGCCCAGUGACGACCGCUGGAUUAACAUAGGGACUAUGCUGGGACUUUUGCAGUAUGACUCGGGCUUCAUCUGCCUUUCUGCCCGGGUCUACCCCUCUUGUCUCGAGCCUGGACAGAGUUUCAUCACGGAGGAAGACGAUGUUCGCAGUGAAUCCAGCGCCGACUGGGACUUAGAGGGACUCAGUGAACUGGACUCGGAGUCAGGAAGUUCCAGUUCCUUCUCAGAAGAUGAAGUCUGGGUACAAGUGGCACCCAGAGGGAACGCAUUUAUGCAGCAGGGCUCAUUUUAAAGAUCUUGAUUGGGGAAGAAUAGUUUAUUGGUAUGGAAUGUAUUUUAGUAGUUCACCCACUCAUCCACCCACCCACCAUUUUUCUUUCCCUCUACCACCCAAUUACAAAACAAGUUGAAACAGCUGAUUUGGUUUAGUAGGGGACAGUGUUUGGAAAUAUUAAUGUAUUGUAUUAUUACAAGAUUUAAGCAUAAAUAUUUAAAAAGAAAACAUUACAGAUCAAAGAAAUGCAACCUAUUUACUAAUUUACUGUGCUAAAGAAAGAAGUCCAGGGUUUACCUUUAAUUGUAAAAUGCUAUGCAAAAUAAGCUAGAUGGUAAGAUAACAAGGCUCUGUUUUCUCAGUAUUUAAUCAUCCGCUGUGCUAACGGAUUGAUUUCAUUUUUGUUAGUAUGUUGAUGCUUUGAUAAGCCUGAAGAAUUUAGCUUGCUAUUCAUUUUAAAACUGUGAAUUGCCAUAAGCAUUGUAACAUUUGAAAGACUAGAUUGUGAUUUGAUAUUAGGAACCUGGUGGAAAUAGGAUUGUUGGAAAGAAUGUUUAAAGGUAUACUUUUUCUUUCAGAUAAUGAAAAUAGUGGAUUAUCCAAAGUACCAAUGUAAUUUUUUUUCUUAUUAUAUUUUAAAGUAAAAUGCAUUAUUUGAAAUCUUAGAUAAAUUCCCAAAAUGUAGGCUACAAAAAGGUGAUUUUAUUUGCCACAAAAUUUAGAAUAGACCUCUUAGUAGCCUAAAGAAAAAAAUCAGGACUCCACUAUUUGAAAAGCAAUUUGAGGAUCAGUUGUGAAAUGUGAAAGUUUGUGAAUUUGCCAAAUGAUACUUGCCUUCUUUAAAAUGACAUUCCUUUCCAUUAAUGUCAAGAAAUCAUUAAAAACCUUCCUAAACCAAAAAUUAAUUUGCCUUGUAAAACCUUGAUAUUUUGAACUAUAUGCUAUACAUAUAUAUUAUAUAUAUAUUCGAAUCAUAGCAACAACUUUUUCACAAGACAAUAGUUAGGGUAUUUUGAAUUUUAUUGCAGUGGUCAUUCCUUGAAUUACCAUAAACCUUAUAUACUUCCCUAAGAAACUUUGGAUAUAAAAUUCUGGUGAUGGUUUUAGAAAGCUUUUCAGUGGAAGAUGGAUUGUUACUUUAUGGUUAAUGUCAGAAUAUUGAAUGUGAAAGUGUGUAUAAGCUAAGUAUUUUAUUGAAUUUAGUAGUAAUUGUGACUAUUGACUAUAACAUCAAGUGCCAGCAAAUAUGAACAUUUUAAAAAAAAAAUGCUGUGUAUAAGGCCUGUUUUCGUGUAGCAUUGAGAAAAAUACUCUUACCAGGUUUGUAAAAACACUAUAAAAGUUCUUGAUUAUCAGCUAGGAGCUAUUUUUCUAUUAAAAGUUGACAAUUUAAGAACACAAACUGGAUGAUGGAGUUUUUUUGGUUUUUUUUUUUUUUUUUGGACCCAUGUUUUUCCUUUUAAGUAUUUACUUGCAGACCUUAAAGGUUUAACCUCCAAAAGAUUACAUGUUUUGAUUUUUUUUUUAGGGUAUGUAGACCUGUUUUAUGUUAAUUCUGUGAACCAUCCACCCUUUUUUUUAUUCUUUUAUUCUUCUGGAAAGAAUAAGAGAAACCCCAAAAGAUAGAUUUCUUUCUGAAUUGUAAGAGACUCCUUUUCUGAAUAGACCUAAGUGUAGUUGCUACUUAUAUUCUAAAGGCUUUUCUGUAAUUUAAUUGAAAGAACAUUUUAAGUAAUAUAAAUUAUACGUAGAAUAAAUGUUUUUUAUAUAUAAUUAUCCUCUUUUCAAAAUUACUGUAGAAUUUUACAUAGGGGGUCUUUGGUUACUCAUUCUUAUUUAUGCAGUCUGCCAGAGGCAAGAACUCACUAUAGACUUUUGCCUUGGUCAUGGACCCCAUCUGGGGCUCUUAACCAUUCUUGCAUCUUGGACCUCUUUAACAGUGUAAUGAAACUUAAGACCUCUUUUUAAAUGCAUAAAAAAAUCUAUAGGAUUGCAAAAAAAAACAAAAAAAAAAAAACAAUUAUAUUAAAAUAGAGUCAACAGAAUAAUUUUUUUUUAAAAACCACUUUAAAAACUUCUGCAUCUUAAAUGAAAUUUGAAAUCUUUACAUCUUUAUGAAAAGUCAUUUUACAAGGGCUUAUUUGAAAAUAAUCUGUAGUCAAAGGAGAUUUUUGUUAUAACAGUAUAGCUACAGAAGACUUUCUGCAAUUGUGCCUCACUCAGAUCCAGUUCCCCUCUCAAGUCUUCUUCAAGAACUAAGGACAAACAAAUAAGCUCUUAUUUGUUAAGUCUGCCACUGAAUUACAGGAAAUGAUUUUUCAACUGUGUAAGCAUAUUUUUGGCAAGAGAUUUGCUUCCAGCCAGGUCUAGCCUUUUGUUUUGAAUGUUGAAACAAAAUUAAAAUGGCAAUAUAAUCAAAAGAUAGUGAUUAUGACCAGAACUAUGUGUACCCAACUUAAAUAGUUAUUUGCAAGGAUAAAUAAGCAAUUGUAUAAGCUUUUGGAGGAAAACCCUUUCAAAAAUGGCAAUACCCACCAUUAAAAAAAAAAAAUUUUUUUUAAAUGAAACCCUUU